AUGUCCGAUACCGCCCACCAACGUCGCCUACAAAGGCCUGUCAUUUUUGUCUGUGAUCUUCAAGACAAAUUCCGCAAUGCCAUCUUCGAGUUCGACAAGGUGGUUAAGACGACAAGCAAGCUCCUCCGCGCGGCCGAAACGCUGAAGAUCCCUGUCUACACGACAACUCAGAACCGCGCCCGCCUCGGAGAUACCGUCCCGGAGCUCGCGUCACUUCUCAAAGAGUCGGACCUCAUUCGCGCGCCGGUCGACAAGACCAAGUUCAGCAUGUGGGUGCCGGAGAUAAGCAGGCAGUUCGAGGGCAAGGGGCCGGCGCAAGUGAUUCUCGUGGGGAUUGAGUCACACAUUUGCGUCACGCAAACUGCGCUGGAUGUCCUGGCGGCUGGACACAAGCCUUACGUUCUCGCGGACGGCGUGAGCAGCUGCAACCGCGAGGAGGUGCCCAUCGCGUUGGCGCGCUUGAGGCAUGAAGGUGUUACGGUCACAACGAGCGAGAGUAUCCUGUACGAGCUGAUGGGCGAUGCUGCGGUGCCCGAGUUCAAGAGCAUUGUAGGUCUCGUCAAGGAGACAGGCAAGGAUACCAAGGAGGGUUUGCAGGCUCUGGUACCCAAGAUUUAA